AUGAGCUAUAAAUCUCACAACCGGUGGACCUAUAACUCUCACAACCAGUGGAGCUAUAAAUUUCACAACCGGUGGACCUAUAAAUCUCAAACCAGUGGAGCUAUAAAUCUCACAACCAGUGGAGCUAUAAAUUUCACAACCAGUGGAGCUAUAAAUCUCACAACCAGUAGAGCUAUAAAUUUCACAACCAGUGGAGCUAUAAAUCUCACAACCAGUGGAGCUAUAAAUCUCACAACCAGUGGAGCUAUAACUCUCACAACCAGUGGAGCUAUAAAUCUCACAACCAGUGAAGCUAUAGAUCACACAACCAGUGGAGCUAUAAAUCUCACAACCAGUGCAGCUAUAAAUUUCACAACCGGUGGAGCUAUAAAUCUCACAACCAGAGGAGCUAUAAAUCUCAAAACCGGUGGACCUAUAAAUCUCACAACCAGUGGAGCUAUAAAUUUCACAAUCUGUGGACCUAUAAAUCUCACAACGGGUGGAGCUAUAAAUUUCACAACCAGUGGAGCUAUAAAUCUCACAACCAGUGGAGCUAUAAAUAUCACAACCAGUGGAGCUAUAAAUCUCACAACCGGUGGAGCUAUAAAUAUCACAACCAGUGGAGCUAUAAAUCUCACAAACGGUGGAGCUAUAAAUCUCACAAACAGUGGAGCUAUAAAUCUCACAACCAGUGGAGCUUUAAAUCUCACAACCGGUGGAGCCAUAAAUCUCACAACCCGUGGAGCUAUAACUCUCACAACCAGUGGAGCUAUAAAUCUCACAACCAGUGAAGCUAUAGAUCACACAACCAGUGGAGCUAUAAAUCUCACAACCAGUGCAGCUAUAAAUUUCACAACCGGUGGAGCUAUAAAUCUCACAACCAGAGGAGCUAUAAAUCUCAAAACCGGUGGACCUAUAAAUCUCACAACCAGAGGAGCUAUAAGUCUCACAACCGGUGGACCUAUAAAUCUCACAACCAGUGGAGCUAUAAAUUUCACAAUCGGUGGACCUAUAAAUCUCACAACCGGUGGAGCUAUAAAUCUCACAAACGGUGGAGCUAUAAAUCUCGCAACCGGUAGAGCUAUAAAUCUCACAACCGGUGGAGCUAUAAAUCUCACAACCGGUGGAGCUAUAAAUCUCACAACCGGUGGAGCUAUAAAUCUCACAACCUGUGGAGCUAUAAAUCUUAUAACCAGUGCAGCUAUAAAUCUCACAACCAGUGGACCUAUAAAUCUCACAACCAGUGGAGCUAUAAAUCUCACAACCGGUGGAGCUAUAAAUCUUAUAACCAGUGCAGCUAUAACUCUCACAACCAGUGGAGCUAUAAAUCUCACAACUAUCAGUGGAGCUAUAAAUCUCACAACCAGUGGAGCUAUAAAUCUCACAACCGGUGGAGCUAUAAAUCUCACAAACAAUGGAGCUAUAAAUCUCACAACCAGAGGAGCUAUAAAUCUCAAAACCGGUGGACCUAUAAAUCUCACAACCAGAGGAGCUAUAAGUCUCACAACCGGUGGACCUAUAAAUCUCACAACCAGUGGAGCUAUAAAUUUCACAAUCGGUGGACCUAUAAAUCUCACAACCGGUGGAGCUAUAAAUUUCACAACCAGUGGAGCUAUAAAUCUCACAACCAGUGGAGCUAUAAAUAUCACAACCAGUGGAGCUAUAAAUCUCACAACCGGUGGAGCUAUAAAUAUCACAACCAGUGGAGCUAUAAAUCUCACAACCGAUGGAUCUAUAAAUCUCACAAACAGUGGAGCUAUAAAUCACGCAACCGCUAUAAAUCUCACAACCAGUGGACCUAUAAAUCUCACAACCAGUGGAGCUAUAAAUCUCACAACCGGUGGAGCUAUAAAUCUUAUAACCAGUGCAGCUAUAACUCUCACAACCAGUGGAGCUAUAAAUCUCACAACUAUCAGUGGAGCUAUAAAUCUCACAACCAGUGGAGCUAUAAAUCUCACAACCGGUGCAGCUAUAAAUCUCACAACCGGUGGAGCUAUAAAUCUCACAAACAGUGGAGCUAUAAAUCUCACAACCAGAGGAGCUAUAAAUCUCAAAACCGGUGGACCUAUAAAUCUCACAACCAGAGGAGCUAUAAGUCUCACAACCGGUGGACCUAUAAAUCUCACAACCAGUGGAGCUAUAAAUUUCACAAUCGGUGGACCUAUAAAUCUCACAACCGGUGGAGCUAUAAAUAUCACAACCAGUGGAGCUAUAAAUCUCACAACCGGUGGAGCUAUAAAUAUCACAACCAGUGGAGCUAUAAAUCUCACAACCGGUGGAGCUAUAAAUCUCACAAACAGUGGAGCUAUAAAUCACGCAACCGGUAGAGCUAUAAAUCUCACAACCGGUGGAGCUAUAAAUCUCACAACCAGUGGAGCUAUAAAUCUCACAACCGGUGGAGCUAUAAAUCUCACAACCGGUGGAGCUAUAAAUCUCACAACUGGUGGAGCUAUAAAUCUCAAACCAGUGGAGCUAUAA